UAAAGUUGAACUGCCUUUUUUUUUUUAAAUAAAAAGUUAUUUCAUCCAUCAACCCCCUGCAACAAAAAGUUAAUUCGGAUUUCAAUUUGUUUUUAUCGGAGAGGAAACAAAAUUUGCGAUUUCAAUCAAAGGUGUUUCAAAUUCAUCUGCCGGACAAGAGAAAAUGGUGAAAGCAAGAAUACCUGGGAGCUCGCAGGAAUUGUACACGGUCUCUGUGGAGUCUGUGCCGCAGUACGCGGGAGGGAACAGCAAGCGGCCUGGAUGCUGCAAAGGCGGCCGCGUCGGCAAAGAUCUUCUCUGCGGGGUCCUCAUCGCCUUGGCCGUCAUUUGCGCCGCCGUCGCCAUCUUCCUCGUCGUCUUUUACGUCGUCAACGGAGUGGACAACAGUCAGGCACAAACAUCAGAUGCCGAUCAACAAAAUGGCACACUCGAUUCUUCACCUUUGACACGAGACAGAGAGGAAGAAAAGAAAAUCAACUCGUUAAAAGACAGUCACGAAUGGGACAGCAGCGAAACCAAAGAUCAGCUGUCACUUAGCAGCACCUCGUUACCUGACGUCGGCAUACACGAACCUCAAUUUCACGUUAAGGGUGAAGCCAUAUAUCCGGCUUACGAACCAGUUGGGAAUCCUUCGUCCGGCACAACGGCCAUUCCCGCCCAGCCGGUGAAUAUCAACGCAAACAAAACCAAAGAAGAUGAGGCCAAUCCGCCAAUUGAUAUUGAAGCCAAUAGUCAAGAAAUUGGAGGCAAAAACGAAACGACGCUGUUCGUUCCAGAUGAUGACGCCAUCAUCGAGACGCCCGCAUUGGCCGCAAAUACGGACGCUGCUUCCGGUCAAUUGCAAACCGAUCCAGCUCCGCCUGUUGUUUUACUGCCGGAAUCUACGACGACCAUCAGAUCAGUCCCAUCUACUAUUUCUACGACGGUGGCCGAUGUCAGUUCAGAGCGGACAAAGGAAUCGACGACCACCGUUCCAGUUCCUCUUCCAGAUCCUGUUGUUAUUGCCGUUCCGGAACCGGAUACGAGUGGUUUCGUUCCUGUUCAAACGAAAGAGGAUCUCGAUUACGAACAGGAACAAUCGACAGACUCGCAAACGGAAGCUCUGUCGGAAACGGUGCCCGCAAAACCGGUAGACGCAAUUCCGGCCGUUGAUACGGCGCCCUGGAAGCCCAUUGAUGGAAGCGUUGCUAUUCCUGCGGUCAAUACGGAAGACGAAGUUCAAGAUCGAUUCAUUGUCGAUGGAAAAUCACCGGUAGAUGCGCAGCAAUCGGUGGCAUCCGUCGAAAAGAAGAACCCCAUCGUUGCAGUGACGACUACGACUGUCAGAACGGCGAGCAACGUUCCAUCUGUUAGUCAAUUGCCAGAAGAAGUCAGCCAAGUUCCAGUCGAAAUUGUGAAAUGGGAAGCACCGGCGGAACUGGAAGAAGCCACGGAAUUCGCUCAAAUGCAAGAUCUGGGCAACAUGGCGCUACUACUGCCGGAAAAUCGCGUCCGCACUUCGAAACCGACUGUUCCUUCCACAUCCACCGAACAAUUUCCGUCCAUUGUUUCCCUGCAUUCCGCUCCGGCUUCUCCGCAAUGCAUCCGCCGCCAAUUGCCGUUCUGUCGCGGAGUUUUACCUUACUCGGAAACGAUCCUUCCGAAUUGGGUGGGCGACACGACGGAAUCCGAACGCAAUUUCAGCGUUCCAUAUUUCGAAAUCAUCGCCGAAUCUGAAUGCCAUCCUCGAGUGCAACAAUACGCUUGCGCCGUCCUGGAACCACCGUGCCGUGGUAGCGGAAUUAGUUUACCUCCAUGCCGUCAAUUCUGCCGCGCUAUUGCCGAAGAUUGUUCCAGUUACGUCCUGUCUGCUCUAACGUUGGCAUCAGUCCUUGAGUGCGAUCAAUUCCCACAGUCCAACGACCCGGAUGUCUGUUUGAAUCUAGCUUCAACAACUCCCGAAGGUGAAUGCCUGCCGAACGAGUACCGUUGCAGCAACGACAACACGUGCAUUCCCGAACGGUGGGUUUGCGACGGCCGGCAAGAUUGCAGCCAGGGAGACGACGAAUUCGCCUGCAGUCGAUGCCGCGAGGAAGAAUUCCGCUGCGAAAACGAGAACCGAUGCUUGCCCAAAAGGUGGAGGUGUGACGGAUCCCGUGAUUGCGCCGACGGCUCUGAUGAACGCGACUGCCCAGCCAAUCAAGAAUGCGGAGACGGCCAAUUCCGGUGCGAAGAUGGCCUUUCUUGUAUUCCUCUGCGACGGGUUUGCGACGGAUCUAAUCACUGCCGUGACAACUCUGACGAGACCAACUGCACUUCCAUUGCGUGCCAAAUUGAGGACUUCAAGUGCAAUGACACCGGUGUCUGUAUCUCGAGGAAAUGGGUCUGUGAUGGCAACGCGGAUUGCAAAGACGCAUCCGACGAAGCUCAGUGUGCCAGAGAAGCUGAACUCGACCUGGAAUCGGAUGUUCUGAUUGAAGAAAUGCAAGAUCAGUUGGUACCUGGCGGCAAUGAAACGGCCCUCAAUCCGGACACAGCUUUCAAUCCCGACAAGUGCCCAUUGGGUGAGCUGCUUUGCAUGUCGGGCUCGACGUGUAUCCGAUUCGAACAGCUGUGCGAUGGCACGCGAGAUUGCGCCGAUGGAGCCGACGAAACGGAUUGCGGCAAAUCAUCUGCCAACUGAAUAACAAAGGCGUUAAACGAAUUCUGUCUCUUCCGCCUUUUGUUUCGGGUCCUUUCUUUGCUCUAACGAUUUCAUACCCAAUCUAAUUCCAAGAUGGAAAAAAAACAAAAACAAAUAUUCAUAAAAAUAUGGAAAUACGCCCUUGAUAAUGUUCCGUCCAAACAUUAAUGAUGCUUAUUUUUUCAGUGAUUUUCUUUUGUUUUGUCGUGUACAUUUUUUUUGUUUGAAUCGGGAAUGGGUAGGUGCCACAUUCCACUGUAUGAAUUCUUUUUUGUGUCCGAUCUCGUGACGAUGCUGCUGUCGUCGACGACUUCAUUUCUUUACAAUAACUUUUUCUUCUACGUUUCAACAUUCCAUUCGAUGGCAAAAAAAAAACGUAA